GGCCGGUUUAUUUUAUGCUGGCUAUAUAUAGCCGACGAUCAGUCUCAAUGACAAAAAAAACGAGGUUUCUCUCAAUCCGUCCUUUCAUGAUAUUAACAUGCAGGCUGAAAACUGUAGUAUGCUGAACAUUUGCAAUAGAUCGGCCGGUUUAUGCACGAAAUGUCGUAUCCUAUGGGAACGCCAAUGCGUCCACUCACGCGUGAGGCUGUUUCACAAAAAGACUAUAGCGUUGAAAAACUGAAUAUAUUAAUGGUGGGAUUUAUACAGAAUUAGGACUGGUUUGUGUUGUGCAACCAUAUGCAUAACCUAAAAUUCAGACUUGUUCAUUCUUGAAUUUGAAUUAUUUAUGAGUGUUCGAAUGAAAUUGAAAUGAGUAUUCGAAAUGAGUAUUGACUGAAAAGACCAUAAAGUUGUGCAAAUCAAAGACAAAGAUUCUUUUGGAAAUGUUAAGAUAUUUGUAAUCGGAUUUGAAUAGAACUAAUAUGAAAGAAGAGAGGGUGAUGAUAAUCGGAUUUUCCAAAUGACCACUUCUCGAAUAUCGUCUGUUUAGUGAUGCAUGGAAUGGAUUGGAAUGGACAUGCAUUUCAUCUGUUUGUCUCUUGGAUAUCAAACCUGCUGUAGGCCUGUCGCAAAAUGAGGGCUGACCACUUUCCGCGAUGUCAUCGGUGGCUACUUUGUCAGAUGAGAUACCCCUUGAAUCUGUUUUUUGUGUGUCUUCUCCUGAUGACAUUUGCCCUCUACAGAUACCAAUCAGGUCAACGUUGCCGCUACCGCGACAACCAAACAUCCCAAGGGAAGUUUCCUCUUCGCAGUAUAACUAGUGGAUCAGUUAAUAAAACUCGCUUAAACAGGACAGUAGAUCAGCCGACCGUGGUAGUGUUAUCAUUAUUACAUAACUCUGAACCAUCUUUAGAGGAUUUUAAAUUUUUGGUGGAAACCUUAACAUAUCCUCAUGAACUCAUUUCUGUUGUUUUUGGGGAGGAUGGAAGUAAGGACGGGACUGUUCUGAAAGCUAAGCAGGUGCUGAGUUCUCUUACGUCCGAAUUCAGAAGAGUGGAUUUCCACCAUUUUGAUUUGGGAGGACAGUAUCCGUGGGAUUUACCUAUUGGCGGAGACCCCAAGCACAGGGCCUCCGUUCAGAAGGAAAGGAGGCGACAUUUGGCUUUGGCGCGGAACAUGUUGUUAACAAAUGGUCUCGGGGAUGAAGACUGGGUGUUAUGGAUAGAUAGUGAUAUCAUAAAGACUCCGCCCGAUAUCAUAGAGCAAAUGUUAGCCACCAAAAAGGAUAUUGUAGCGCCUCGAUGCAUGUAUAAACCAAAUAAAGACGAGGAAUUGCUGUAUGAUAGGAACACGUGGCAAGACACCGAUGCCUCCCGGAAAUAUAAAGCUGAUCCAGGCAUCUUGUUCUUGGAGGGAUACAACGGAGAACGCCCACCGAAACUCAACAUGGACCAACUGAAAGAUCGUGGCGUUGACCUGGUAGAAGUCGAUAGUGUCGGUGGGUGUGUCCUGUUGAUAAAGGCAAUACAUCACCAACAGGGUUUGGUGUUCCCACCAUAUAUUUACAAACAUUAUAUAGAGACGGAAGGCUUAUCGAAGAUAGCACAAGCCAUGGGCUUGAAACUAUGGGCCAUGCCAAGAUUAACAGUAUAUCAUUAUCAUUCAGGCACUGAUCCAGCCUUUUAUAAAAGAAACGCAGUAAGAUCUCAGCAACGAUUUGGCAUGAAUGGCAUUGACAUGCAAAAGGCAAUAAAACUAAUAUUUUUGCAAAAAUCAAGGACAUGAUUCAAUGACUCUGUUGAGAUAAAGCGCUCCAUGGAUCAUGCUUUACACUCAUCUCAAAUUGGUCUUAUUAAGACAAAGUCACAACCAGAUGCUGGGGGAAGAUCACUUUAAGAAGGUUUUAGUAGAGUAAUGGAAGUGAUAGCUGUACGAUAUCUGGACAAUGGACAAAUUAAUUUGUGUUGCCAAAGGAGGUGUAGUCUUUUCCCUAUUUUAGCAGUUCAGAAGUCCCAACUCCUUGCUGUCUUUUAUCCUAGUACAAUGUAAAAUCCAGAUUAUUGGGUCAGUUCAUGAAGGAUUUGUGAUAAAACUGUCAAUUCACACACAUUUCACAGCCCCGGGCGAAAUA